AUGCCUUUCACCAAGCUGGUCAAGAACUCCGCGUACUAUAGUCGCUACCAGACUAAGUACAAGCGCCGUCGUUCCGGAAAGACCGAUUACUACGCCAGAAAGCGUCUUAUCACCCAAGCCAAGAACAAGUACAAUGCGCCAAAAUACCGUCUCGUUGUCCGAUUCACCAACCGUGAUAUCGUCAUGCAAAUCGUUACCUCCGAAAUCACUGGUGACAAGGUUUUCUGCGCCGCAUACUCCCACGAGCUCAAGGCCUAUGGCAUUGAGCACGGUCUUACCAACUGGGCCGCCGCAUACUGCACUGGUCUCCUCAUCGCCCGUCGUGUCUUGAAGAAGCUCGGUAUGGAUGAGGAUUUCACCGGUGUUGAGGAGGCUGAUGGAGAGUACCAACUCACCGAGGCUGCUGGCGAUGCGCAGAGACGUCCAUUCAAGGCUUUCCUUGAUGUUGGUCUUCACCGCACUUCCACUGGUGCCCGUAUCUUCGGUGCCAUGAAGGGUGCUUCCGAUGGUGGUAUCCUCGUUCCUCACUCCGAGAACCGUUUCCCAGGUUACGAUAUCGAAAGCAAGGAGCUCGAUGCCGAGACUCUCCGCAAAUACAUCUACGGUGGACACGUUGCUGAGUACAUGGAGACCCUCGCCGAUGACGAUGAGGAGCGUUACAAGUCCCAAUUCCAAGGUUACAUUGAUGAUGAAAUAGAGGCCGAUGGAUUGGAGGAGUUGUACCAAGAGGCCCACAAGGCUAUCCGUGAGGACCCAUUCAAGAAGGUUGAGGGAGGAGAGAAAAAGUCCAAGGACGAGUACAAACAGGAGUCUUUGAAGUUCAAGGGACGCAAGAUGACCAAGGACGAGAAGCGCGAGAGAGUCAAGGCCAAGAUUGCCGAAUUGAAGUAA